AUGGAUAAUUGGUCCAGAAAUUCAAGUGGGCUUCCUACCCCGAACCAACAACAACAACAACAACAACAACAACAACAACAGAAUCAACAAGGACAACAUAAUCAACCCCAAGUACCAUCACAAUUGCAAAGAGAUCAUUGGAGCCAACCACCACCAAUCCAACAACUUCCUCAAAUACCCACACAAAACAUUCCUCAAACGCAACUCGUCUCAGUACCGGUAGUGAAUCCACAGAACCCACAAUUGCCUCCACAAUAUCAAACAGUCCCUGCUCAAAUAUGGAAUGGUCAAAUAACAAUUUUGCCACAAGGAUCACCAACAGCAAAUGUUCUACCAGGUCAAUAUCCUGCGUAUGGCCAGGUUCAGUAUGUCUAUCCACCAGGUUAUGAUCCAAAUAACCACUCUCCUCAAUAUUAUCAACAGCAUGUAUCGCCUCCACUUCCACAACAACAGCAACCAAUUCCACCACCAUCAACUCAUCUUGACCCAAAUGGAUUAGCAACUCCCUCUACAAGAUCUUAUGCAACCGCUUUCCAAGGCGAAACUGGCUCAAAUCAAAUUACUGGCACAAAAUACACUGAUGCUUUGAAUUCAGCACUAAAGAACCCAAUCCCCCCAUACGCUAUUGCAACUACAAAUAGUACAAAUGGUAAGAGAUCUAAAACACCAACAACAAUCACAGAAACCAAUCAAAGUUUGUCACCUCAAAAUGAAGCCAACCCAAAUGCUGCCAAAAAAGGGUUUAGAAAUUCAAGAAGAAGACAUAGAAAUUCACAUUUAGGUUGUGCAACUUGUAAGAGUCGUCGUAUUAAGUGUGACGAACAGUUACCACAGUGCAGAAAUUGUACGAGAGCUAGAUUAUCCUGUGCUUACUUGGCCUUAGAUGAUGCAGCUAGAGAUGCUUUGAAGACUGCCCAAAAUGCUCAUCAGGCAAGAUUGCAAAGUUUGAAUGUUCAAAAUGCAAACGAAGGCCAAAAUGCUAAUAGAACUCCACAAGAUACUCAAUUCCAAGACAAUACACAUUAUCCAUAUCCAAAUCAACCUUAUGCUGCUCCUGGGUUGCCUUCAAGGAUUUUCGUCAAUCAACCACAAUGGAAUACAAGACCAGCUGGUGCAGAAAUUCCUAUCCAAGUCAACUUACAACAUCCAGUACUUCCUCCAUUAGAAGUACCUAUUCAAUCAACACCACCUACAACUAGCGUCGAGUCAGCCCGCGUUACACAGAAUAAUAGUCCAAAUGAAGGUAUAAAAAGACCAAAAUCUGAAAGCUCAGAUGUUUCAAGUAAUGCAAGUUCAACAGAUUCACUAAAAUCUCCAAGUUUGACAAUUCCAGCCUCAAGAUUUUCUAUACAAUCCGACAGUUUUAACAGUUUGGUCACUUUAAUCAAAAACCAUGAAGAUAUUGAUCCUAAAGUAUCAGAUAAAAAUGUUCAAUUUCCAGAUCAAUUCACAGAAAUUAUAUUGGAUCCAGAAUGCACCAAAUUCUUGAAUAUGUCAUGGGAAAAGAUAGAUUGGUCAUUGAUAAAGAGUUUUAGAUCAGGAUUUGAGCCUGAAUGGUUAUAUAAAGAGUAUGACCGUUAUCAUAAAAAAGUUAUGGAAGAAAGUUGUAACAACGUUGUUUUAUUCAAAUCUCUAUUAUCAACAGGCUCUGUUUUAUUAGCUGAGUAUACUAAAAGUGAAGAAGUCAGAAAUUUGGCUACAAAACAACUGAACAAAGAUUUUGAGAUAGUUUUGAGAUUUUUAGACAAAUUUAAAAUUCAUAUGAGUAAAGAAAUUACAAAUACUAGUGUAUUUUAUGACAACGUUAACAUUGCAUUUUCCAAAUUUCAAAUUUUUCAAACUGCUAUUCCAACAACCUACUUCGGCUCACACAAUAUGAAUGAUAAUGUUGAAUCUACCAGUCGUUUUUUUAAUUUUAUCAUCCAAUAUAUCAAAAAUGAAUUUUUAGCAACAAAAGAUGAAGAAAACAUAGCCAAAUUUAAGGAUGAUGAACUCUUUCAGAAAGCCACUAUAUUGAAUGAUUACAUGGGUGUUUUUAUUAUUUAUUAUGUCCAAUGUAUCAAAGCAUAUCACACUGCUGAAUAUAACACAGAUUUCUUCAAAGAGUUAUCAGACAAAAUCAAGUUGAUUAAAUCAGAGAUUUAUGAAAACUUGGAUGAUGAACACAAAAGUCAUUAUGAUAAUUUGGUUGGAUUUACUACAAAAUUGAAUGAAUAUUUUGAUGACGUUAAAGCUAAGAAACCAACCAACCAUUUGCACGUUUUAUUUUACACUAUGAAGAAGUGGUACUCAAUUUUACCUGAACAACUAUAUGUGAAUCGCACUUAUACUCAUGAAGUUUACAUCCUUUAUUCUUAUUUCCAUGCUGCAAUUUCAGCUUUACUGGCGAUUUUUCCAGAAACAAGAUUUUAUUAUAUGUAUUCAUUCAAUGGGAGAGAUGGUACUAGAACUGCUAAUCCAGUUAUUGAUUAUUACAAUGAUACUGAUGUUUCAGAAGACAAAAAAGUUUCAAUGAAAUAUCCUAUUAAAAUGAUUGAGUAUUUUAAGAAGAGAACAUUAUCUCUUUCACAGUACUUGAGUGAUAUAUCCAAUUUACCUGCAAAAAUCUUAUUGGAUGAAUCAAAUAAACAAAUACUGAGAAAAUUGAUUAGUGAGAAACAAUUGACCUCAUUCGAAGGAGAGAUUUCUGAAGAUGCAUUCCCAAAAAUUGAUACUACUUCAACAUUUUACAAUAAAGAAUCAAAUUCCAUUAUGAUCCCUUCAGUUUCUAGUGGUCAUGGUUUUGACAAUUUUGAAAAAGCCCAAGCCAAGAGAGAACAAUUAUUGAAACACGCUAUUGAUGAAGGGUUGACUGAAAUCGACAAGAAAUUGAUAGAUAGAUUUUUUGAAUCAAAAGAGUCGUCAGAAGAAGCAAAAUAA